AUGGACCAUGGCAGUCUUCCAGAUGAGCCCGUUUCGCGCUCCGGCCCGUUCCUCGACCAUCGCCUUGCCAACAACCAGCAUCAACAAUCGCCGCACUAUGUCGACCACGACCACGACCACAUCCACGACCGUCCAAGCCCGCAGAUCCCCGUCAACCCGUACGCCGCGGCAAAUCUGCACGCCUUUUCCGCUGAUGCUCUCGCUACCACCCAAUCCACUCAGUCCGCCGACGACUCUGUAGACCCGGCCGAUUUUUACCGCAGCUACCGAAGCGUGCCACAUACGACGGACACCAGUGGGAAUGCCACACCGCCGGUGAAAAAGGAUCCCGUGGCCAUGGCUGUAUCGACCAGCACCGCCCGGGAACGGCCGUCGUUGCGGUCAAACGGGAAUGGGACCACCCCCAAGCACCCCGCCGUCCCAGCAACACACCGCAACGCGCUCCGUCCAAGCCAGCGUUCCGCCUCGAACCCUGUCGACAACCGAUUGGGAAGCUCGGGCAGUGGGGGCGGGAGGCCGUCCGUGACAGCGGGGACUGGGUCUAGCGUGCGCGAUCUCAAGAAGAAAUUCGACCUGUCCGCAUCUCAAUCGGCCUCUUCCGCCCGAAAAGCCAUCCCGAGAACAUCAACCCGAGACACGGCCUCAAGUAACGUCAAUGGAAGAUCGCUCGGCGUGGGAAGCGGUGCAACCUCGCAAGGCGUACCAAGGACAACAGCGACACGAGACACGGGGCGCGACACGGUUAAAACCUCCGCCUCUCGGACCGGUGUACAGCGAGUUAAGUUGGUUACAGGGGACCAGAUGUCCGGCAGUCCACAGUCCUUCGCGAGCAGGAUAUCCAAGCCUCGCACCGCCGUCACUACCAAUGCACAGCCGUCCAAAUCCUUCACACAGCUCGCCUUGGAUGUGGGGGACGAGCCACCAAGCUCCCGGGCUGUUCCACCGCGCCAAAAUGGCCUGCUUUUUGGCGAGAUACUCCCCGAGCAGGGCGACUCGGUUACACCAGGGUUUGGCAUUGAGACGACGGCCCGGCCGAGAAGGACUUCCGAAUCCAGUGUCAUCAACCUUGUCCGGCCACAGAUGAUGAGAUCUUUCUCGGAUCCGGAAAUGGAACCUCCGUCUCCCACCGACUGGUACCGCGCCGCAGACGUGGCUGGGCAACCGACUAUCGAUCACCAUGUGUCUAGGAUCCCAAAGACCCAACAUUUCCGGGCCCACAGUGACCUCGCCGGCUCGAAACCGACCCUGAGUCAUUUGGAUCAUGUCGCAACCAAGCACGACGUCGACUCCCCUAUAUCACCCACGUCGCCAACUUCCCCUACCUCACGGCUACCGAGGCUGACCAGGAGGAUGCACGACGCCUCGGCCCAUGCCAGCCCCGUAUCAACGCGGUCAAACUCUCCCUCCACCCUCAAACACUCCACUGCGAGCGGGAGGUCCUCUAGGCAGCAUGUCUCGUCUUCUUCACGCGCGAGGACUCCUACGAGGAUUCCUGCCGGCCAGUCAGAGACGUCAAGCAACAUCCCCAGCUCUUCUCGAAAGCCUCCACCGUCCAAGAUAACAACUAGGCCGGCCAGCCGACCUAGCAGCCGGCUCAAUGCCUACGUGUCUGUGCCGCCGCCCAAGCUCUCUCCGACUUUACGGAGUUCACGACCCCGGCAGUCGGUUGCCGCUGCUACGACGGCCGCGUCAAGAAUGCGAGCCGUGGAGAGGGGGACUUCGGCCUUGAGGCAACCACCACGCUCAGCCCCAAAGACGGACGAAUCGACCCCUCGGAGGCGCAAGCCGUCAGUGGGCGCAAUAGAUUUCGCUCAACGGCGAGAAACCAUUAAACUUGCGUACAGCAAAUCCAUCCGCGAGAGCCAGGCGAGAGAAGCACGGCAGGCGGCGGCCGAGAGGAGAAAGAAGGAGCUGGCAGCAGUGGCCAAAGCUAAAGUUGAGGCCGAAGCGGUUGCCAUGGCGGCCCUUGCGAAUGCAGCGGCAGCAGCAGCCGCUGCCGCUCCGGUCCUUCCAAAGAGAUGCGCUCCCAGUGGUUGUCGGCUCUCGGAGACAAGUCUUGAACAGGAAGAACCCGUGACGGAGGAAGAGCCAGGGGAGAAUGUGAUAGCCUCAUCUACGCCCCAACCCCCGGCCGAAGAAUUCUGCGCUCCGACAGAAGCCCUGAAAUUAGAGAUACCAGGCAGCUUCCCCUUGGAGCAUGGCCACAUACCGCUCUCUGCCAUCUCCAUGACGAGCGCGGUUACCGAGUUUGACGCCGAGGUGCAGACUGAGCCUCCGAGACAGGAGAGCACGACGCCCAUCGACAAUACCCUGGAAGUGGGCAUGCCGAAUAUGGCGCUGGUUCUGCAGGAAGCGGAAGUCCUCAAGCAGCAGCUCUCGGAACGACCUGCCCCCCGAGUCCUUCAUGAAAGAGCCUCAUAUCAAUGCCCGUCCGGUAACGAGGUCCCUGACGACGACAGCGGUUCUAUCAAGAUCUCUCUUGACACAUCGGUUCUAGAGCCGCAUCCUUCUCCCGAGCUUACACCGACUCGCUCAACCUCCAGGCCCGAACCCGAACAUGAACCCGAGCGCCAAGCCGAACCGCUCCCCAUUCCUCCCUCUCCGGCCGAAGACGACGAGUAUGUACCCCGGCCGUACACUGUCCCUGGAAAUUACGAAACCACCGUCACAAUUUUGGGUCCGGUGGACGAUUUCAGGCCGUUGCACACGGAGCUGCCUCGUGCAACCACACCACGGUCCGACCUGCCUCAAGCAGAUGAGCCUGCCAUCGCUAGUUGCCCUGACAUUGUUGCCUCUGAUCUCAGGAGUUUAGGAGAUGCCCGAGAACCCCAGGUUGAGCUCGAGGAUUUUGACCGCGUUGAAGAUUUCUAUAUCGGGUCGCGCCUGCACGAUACCAUUGCGGUCUUGCGCGAUUCGGCCUUCGGUUCCGAUCCCGAGACAACUGCAGAUGGCCAUGCGCCCUCAGUGGCCUACCAGAGGACCCCGGACACGUCACAUAAAUUGGCUGUGCCUGGACUUCUGGCACCCGGGAGCAGGUUGAGCCAACACUCCGCGUGGACCGACUUCUCGCUCGAAAGUGAAUACCGUGACGCUGGCCAGCCAAGUUCCGGCUCGCACUCUCAUGAAGCCGACAAUCACGACGACGGCGCGUCUUUCAGAGUCAACCCUUCCACAGGCGAUCUCAGUACUUGCGCUUCGAGCUUGGGAGAGCCCACGCACAGCCCGGAGAUCUCGCCGCUGGACAAAUCCGCUGUCCCUUCCCCUGUGCUGCCAGAACUGCCCGGUAGCCAGCAACACCUUUCCGACCUCGCAUCUGGGGAAUCUUUCACACCGCACAGCGACUCGGAAUCGGGAGGGAUAGCAUUGCCGCCAAACCGUGAUCCUCCUCACCAACCCACAUCGGAGCGCGAAUACGAGCGAGACAGCAGCACUCUGUACCUCGCAGAGAGUCGGCCAGACAGCUAUGCAUACAGCCACGAUGGGCAGGCCGACUUGCCAGGAGAUGUGUCAUCACCUCCACUUGUUUCGCAGCUGCGCCAUGACCAGGAGCAAUCCCAGGUUUCCCUCAGCGAGACGCUUUAUGAGGGACAAGCGCCGCUGACGGAGAAGGAGCAAGAAGAGGUUAAAAGGCUUCGGCAGAGGCAGCUGGUCAUUCGAGAGCUGAUCGACACGGAGGAUGCCUUUGUCCGCGACAUGACUGUCGUCGAGGAAAUCUACAAGGGCACUGCCGAGGCGUGUCCGAACCUGGAUAGCAAGACGAUCAAGCUGAUAUUCAGGAACACGGACGAGAUCAUCGCUUUUCACGCCGCUCUGCUCAUCGAGUUCAAGGAAGGAGCAUCGACCGUCUACACUCCGAAGGGCAGGCGGUCGCCCCUUCCUACCCCGGAUGCAAAGGACUCUGACACGGCGACCCUGAAUUCGGUCGUGUCCACAGCCAGACCGGAACGAGCCGACGAGAAGGACCGCCUCACUGCCCUUGGCUCUGUGUUUUCCAAAAAUAUCGAGCAGCUCAAGGCGGUGCACGAGGUGUAUCUGAGGUCCAGCGACAGCUCCUCCAAGCGGCUUGUGCAGAUUCAGGAAGACGAGACCGUCAUGGUUUGGCUGAAUGAAUGCAAUCAAGUGGCCAAGGAGCUGACGACUGCUUGGAAUCUGGAUUCGCUCCUCAUCAAGCCCAUGCAACGCAUCACCAAGUAUCCCGAUAUCAUCACGCACCUGCUCAAGUACACCCCUGAGGACCACCCGGACCGCGAAGCGCUCAUCGGCGCGAGGACGGCUGUCAUUGAUGCGAUCGAUGAGAUUAACAAGACUAAGAAGAAUUUCGAACUGGUCGGCCAGAUCGUCAGCAACCGGAAGCGCAAAGAGUCGGAUGUCAGAGCCGGCCUGGCAAGAGCGUUCGGCAAGCGUGUCGACAAGAUUGCAGUAUCGGUCAACAAGACGGCCGAAGACGAGGAGUACCAGAAGCUCCAGCAGCAGUUUGGGGACGAUUACCUGCGACUGCAAGUCGUACUGCGCGAUGUCGAGUACUACACAAGGAACGUUGCGACGUAUGUCCAUGAAUUCCUUCAGUAUCUGUCGUCGAUGGAGCUUGUCAUGCGCCUCCAGCCGUCUCGAGACUAUGCUCACUUGGAGAGUAAAUGGGUGCAGUUCAACGUGUCGAUGAGGGAUAUUGAGAAGAUUGUAUUGGAGAGACACUUGGCCGAUGUUCGGAAACAUGUCAUUGAACCAUUUGAGCAGGUCAUCAGGUGCUACAAUAAUCCUUCGCUGGCCAUGAAAAAGCGAGCCAAGCGGCGUCUCGACUACGAAAAGUACAUGGCCCUGAAGGCCAACGGCAAGAAAGUGGACAAGCAACUGGCCGAGUUGGUCGAGCAGUACGAGGCCCUCAAUGACACACUCAAGAAGGAGCUCCCGAAGCUUUCGGCCAUGACGGCCAAGAUCGGCAACAUUUGUCUCGGCAAGUUCAUCAGCAUCCAGGCAACUUGGUUUGCAAUCUGGAAGGAAAAGGUCAAGGCACCGCUCUCCGACGUCACUCAUGUUCCCGAACUCUCCGAGAUCGUGUCCAGCUUCCAGAGGGAGUUUUCACUGCAGGAGGAGCGGACGCGCGCUCUCGGGAUCGUUAACCAUACUGCCAAAGGCAGAACGUCGCAGUCAACCACCGACGAUGCUUCCUCGAUCCUUUCCAAGACGCUAUCGCGACCGAGCGAUCUAUUCUCCCCGCGCGGGCGGGGCCUGUCGAUCAACAGCGACCACGUUCCGACCCUGCCUACGCCCGACUUUGCCAAGCGCAACAGCGGGCAGUUCAGCCUGUCCCCCGCGAGCAGCGCUCUUCCCAGCCCUGCCACCUACUACCGCGACUACUACUCCGGCAUCAACGGCCACGUCCGCGGCAGCCCUGGCUCGCCCGUCACACCGGCCGAUACCACAAGCACCGCCCGCCCGCCGCCGUCCAUCCGCCCCAGCACGGGCCGCAGCUUCGACUCGGCCAGCCUACCCAGACAGAGCUCCGAAUCCGCCGCUGCCGCCGCCCUGUCGUCGGCGACCAACCGACGCGACUCCAACUCGACGUUCAACUCGAGUUACCCGGGUGGUCCCGGCGCGGGCAGCACGACUGCCGGUCCUGAGCAGCACGCCAGGCGGCUGUCGGGUUUGUUCAACUCGGCCCUGCCGCUGCCGGACGGGCCGGAGGAGAGCGCGCGGUCGUCGAGGGCGUCGUCGAGGGAUCGGGGAGGAAAUGCACGGGGAGGGUACAAGGUGCUCUGGCUCGCGGCGUCGCUGUUUGAGUUCAAUAUCGAGACGACCAAGCAUGAGGCCGGGUAUCCUUAUUUGACGUAUCAGGCGGGAGAGAUCUUCGAUGUCAUUGCCGAAAAGGGCGAGCUCUGGCUGGCCAAAAACCAAGACGACCCGCGCGAUGUGGUCGGGUGGAUUUGGUCGAAACAUUUUGCCAAGCUGGCGGAUUCGUGA